AUCUCCCUACAAAGGACCAGGGGAGAGUUCACUCAGUCCUCGCGAGAGGCGGCUGGUACUUUCGUUCUAAAGUUCUCGUUUCCUCGGGGAACAGAAUUGCUAGACGCAAUAGGUGCGUUGUCUUUAGUCUUCCCCGUUCCCUCUGAGGGCUGGAAGGGGUUAAAUCUCAGGCUCCGACGUCGUGGGAGAAGAACUCAAUCGGAAGGUAUCUGUUUUUUGUAGUCCUGGCUGCUGAACUGAUUUUUAUGGUGAAGAGUUCUGUAGAACUACAUACCUGUCUUCCUCAUUAUUUUGUGUCAAAGAUCUACUCUUGAUAAGUGGCCACAAACAUUUAGAAACUUACAAUUAUAAUUAUUCAAUAUGUUUCCACUGACUAAGGAAAACAAGCACGUGGCCCAGUUGUUGCUCAGUACUGGUACCUGUCCAAGAUGUAUCUUCAGAUUCUGUGGUGUGGAUUUUCAUGCAUCUUACAAACUUCCCUACAAGGAAUUGCUCAAUGAGCUACAGAAAUUUCUGGAAACUGAAAAAGAUGAAUUAAUUUUGGAAGUUCCAAACCCACCUCUCAAGAAAAUUCGACUACAAGAACUAGAAGAUGGGAUUGAUGGGAAUGAUAAUCUGAGUCAAAAUGGUGAGGGAAGGGUCUCCGUUAUUGAAGAUGGAAGCAUUGCUUCCAAGAACUCAAAUUUGAAUGUAUGCAAUGUUUGCCUAGGGAUUCUUCAAGAAUUCUGUGAAAAAGAGUUCAUUAAAAAGGUAUGCCAAAAGGUUGAGGCCUCUGGGUUUGAAUUUACCAACUUGGUAUUUUCAGUCUCCUUCCCACCACAGCUAUCUGUAAGAGAGCACGCUGCAUGGUUGCUGGUAAAACAGGAAAUGGGAAAGCAGAGUCUGUCGCUGGGAAGAAAUGAUAUAGUUCAGCUAAAAGAAGCCUACAAAUGGAUAACUCACCCCCUGUUUUCAGAGGAACUGGGUGUUCCCAUUGAUGGAAAGAGCUUGUUUGAAGUGAGUGUGGUCUUUGCUCACCCAGAAACAGUUGAGGAUUGCCACUUCCUACGUGCGAUAUGCCCAGAUUGUUUCAAACCAGCCAAAAACAAACAGUCAGUAUUCACUAGAAUGGCAGUUAUGAAAGCUUUGAAUAAGAUAAAAGAAGAGGAUUUCCGCAAGCAGUUUCCUUGUCCUCCAAACUCACCAAAGGCUGUAUGCACUGUUCUUGAAAUUGAGUGUGCUCAUGGUGCUGUUUUUGUGGCUGGGAGAUAUAAUAAAUACUCCAGGAAUCUCCCACAAACUCCUUGGAUAAUUGAUGGAGAAAGGAAGCUGGAAUCUUCAGUGGAAGAAUUAAUUUCAGAUCAUCUUUUAACAGUAUUCAAAGCAGAGAGUUUUAAUUUUUCAUCCUCUGGAAGAGAAGAUGUAGAUGUGAGAACAUUAGGAAAUGGAAGGCCCUUUGCAAUUGAGCUGGUGAAUCCUCAUAGAGUACAUUUCACUUCACAAGAAAUUAAGGAACUUCAGCAGAAAAUUAAUAACUCAUCUAACAAAAUCCAAGUCCGUGACUUGCAGCUUGUCACAAGAGAGGCAAUAGGACACAUGAAAGAAGGUGAAGAAGAAAAGACCAAGACCUAUAGUGCCUUAAUAUGGACAAAUGAAGCAAUACAGAAGAAAGACGUUGAAUUCCUAAAUGACAUAAAGGACUUAAAGAUCGACCAGAAAACACCUCUACGAGUCCUUCACCGGAGACCCCUGGCUGUGAGAACUCGCAUCAUUCACUCCAUGGAGACGAGCUAUGUGGAUGAGCACCAUUUCCGCCUCUAUCUGAAGACUCAAGCUGGAACCUACAUUAAAGAGUUUGUACACGGAGACUUUGGGAGAACCAAGCCAAACAUUGGCUCUCUGAUGAAUGUGACUGCAGACAUUCUUGAGCUGGAUGUUGAGUCUGUAGAUGUUGACUGGCCCCCUGCUCUGGAUGACUAGCUUUCAAAUUUGGAAACAAAGAGUAGAGUUUUCCUGGCAUGAUGUGGACACCCAUUCAGCAAACACUGUAAAAUGGCUGUUUACUCACCAUAACGGUGUCGAAGAAACCAUUUGGAUCAUGUUGAUCUAUAUAUUUUUUAAUCUGUUGUAACAUCUCAAGAUCUAUGUAUGUGUUAAAUUGUUCUAAGGAUGUCUUAUGAUUUUUCUCAUUCCCUCCCCGACCCCCACAAGCCAAACUGUGAAUAAUGAAACCGUUCUCUUAAUUCUUUCAUUUAGAGAGGUACACAAACAGGAUACAUUCUUUGAUAAUCUGAGAAGCUGUAAUUUCUUUCAGCAAAAUUUCCUUUCAUAAGAGACAUACCGCCUUUAAAAUUAUGUUCUGAAUUUUUAAAAGGAUGUUGAUACAAGUUAUAUCUAAAUUUAUGCAGCAUAGUAUCCUAUAAAAUUCUAAGAUAUCAAAUGCAAAUCUGACAUCAUUAGUAUUUUUCCCAGUAAGCUUCAAGCAAGCUAUUUCCAACAGAAGUACUUUUGGUGUGAUUUGUCACAAAUCUUAAUGACUUCAAGUUACUAUUUUGACAAUCUAAAAUUGUCAAUACAUUUCCUGGGAGGGAAAGUGAAACCUUAGGAAUUGAGGUAAGAGACUUUCAUAAAUCUUUUAAAUAAGAGGACACAAGUGCCUUUAAUAACUUGAUUCCCAGGGAUAAGAUUUUGAAAAGUUGAGAUUGCUAAACAAAGGUAAGCUGAUAUUAUUCCGGAGUGCUUCAAUAUAUUAUCCAAUUUUAAACAUCUUCAUCAGGUAGAUAUUAUCAUCUCCACUUUAUAAAUAUGAAAACCAAAGAAUAGAAUUUAAAUGAAUUAUCUAAAAUUGUUAGUCACUUCCAUACCUAAGACUAGAACUGAAGUUCCCUGGUCUCUAGGGUCCUUUCUAAUAAUAUUAUUGGGCACCUACGGUGUGAAGGAGGCACCGGAGGAUGUCAUUUAAAUGC